CCGCGUCUCUUCGAAUCGAGCGGAGAGGACAGAUGCUUUAAAUAUCUCACUAACCUCCCUCACCGACCACUACUUGUCCAGACUGACAGAGACAUCUGAGGGCAGGUGCACUUUGUGUGACUGCCAUUUGACCAGUUUAACCAACGUUUAAAGUGCAGAAAGUAUGCCAAGUGCUUACCCAGACGCGUAAUAUCAAGCGCGAGUUCCCACCUCUUCUCUUUGAUCAAUUUAGAGGGAUUACAAAGGAUGCUGGAUUCCAAGGAUCCUAAUGUGAAAAUGACAUCUAGUCAUAGGAUUUCUUUUUCUAUAAUUGACAUAUUGGACCCAAAGAAAUUUAAUAGCAAGAAGAAAAGCGAACUUUCUCCAACAAAGGACAAGCUUCCUUUGCUGAACGCAGGACUGGCACAUUUAGAAGCGGACACUGGCGCAGAUGGAGAGCCACUUGAGCGCAUGGAAGCAGGCGAAGACACAAAGACUGACCACUCAAGUAGCGCAGAGCACCAGGUAACCGUCAGCAACCCACUUUUAGUACACUCAGCGACUGAGCCAGAGGAGCAAAUAGAGGGGGACGUGGACAGCAUCAGCAGCACCCCCGAAACUUCAGCCACGCAUGACCUCUUGCCCCACAAACGGCGGCGCUCGGAUCUUGGUUGUGCCAAGCCGCGACGCGCAAGAACUGCCUUCACCUAUGAACAACUGGUGGCUCUGGAGAACAAAUUCCGCUCUACGAGAUACCUGUCCGUGUGUGAGAGACUCAACCUGGCUCUGUCCCUCAGCCUCACUGAGACGCAGGUCAAGAUCUGGUUCCAGAACAGAAGAACCAAGUGGAAGAAACAGAACCCGGGUGCGGACAGCACGAUGCCUCCCGGGUCCAACUCUUUGGUCAGUGUCAACCCAAGCCCUGUGACUUGUGUGUCGAGUUCAGCCAAUUACCAAACUUUCCCGUCUUUCAGCUCUGGGAAUAUGAUCUUUCAUACUGAUGGUGCGGUUCCUUUGUCGUCCACUGGAGGGAUGUUACAUCCCUUCUUACCCAAUGGUUAUCAUCUCCAGCCGUCCUACUUUACUCCACAUUUAUGAGAC